AUGAGAACUCCGCUGCUGCCACGGGCACUCCCGGUGCUGUCGCUGCUGCUGAUCUUAGGCUCAGGCCACUAUGCAGCUGGGAUGGACCUCAAUGACACCACCUCUGGGAAAAGUGAACCGUCUUCUGGGGACCACAAUGCCAGUGGACUUGCGGUUUCUGCUGUCAGUGAAAUGCCCUCUGGCAGUGAACUCUCCACGGGGGAUUAUGACUACUCCGAGGAAUAUGACAAUGAGCCGCAAAUACCCAGCUACGUGACAGAUGAUUCAGUCAGAGUUGAACAGGUAAUUAAGCCCAAGAAAAACAAGACAGAAGAGGCCAAGACUUCAGACAAGCCCAAAAGAAAGAAAAAGGGAGGCAAAAGUGGAAAGGGCAGAAGAAACAAAAAGAAGAAAAAGAACCCGUGUGAUGCCGAGUUCCAGAAUUUCUGCAUCCAUGGUGAAUGCAGAUACAUGGAGAACAUAAAGACUGUGACCUGCAACUGUCAUCAAGACUACUUUGGUGAGCGGUGUGGAGAGAAAUACAUGAAGACUCACAGCGGGACUGACAGCGACCUAUCCAAGAUCGCAUUAGUGGUCAUAACCGUCUUUGUCUCCGUCAUAAUCCUCGCAGUUAUUGGCAUCGUUGCCACCAUCCAGCUUCGAAAACGAUACUUCAAGGAAUAUGAAGGAGAAGCCGAGGAGCGGAAGAAGCUUCGACAGGAAACGGGAAAUGUGCACGUCAUAGCCUAGCUGAAAGACAGUCCAGGGUAAGAGUCAUGUCACUGCCAAGUUACAAGCACAGAUCGGUCCUCUUUUUGAUGAAGGAAGUGAGCCU